UGGUCCGUCUCGGUGGUAGACCUGGUCCACGUUACGCCCUCUCUCCCUACUAACUUACCCCCCUACUAACUUACCCAUCCUUCGACAUUGCCACGCGGUUCGCAUCCUCUUCUCCUCUUCGCUCGAUUCGAACCCCUUCGACGCUUUCGACGAAGAAGGCGAGCGUCGAGGUCUGUUUCCUCCAUUUUGAGUUACGAGAAGGUCUAGAUAACUUCCUUGCAUACAAAAUUUGUUGCUGCUAUUUUUCAACUCAGAAGUUGCUGAUGAUGAAGACUCAUGAACGUGCUGCUAAUUUAGCUCUUGCAGCUCUAACCUUAGCUCCGCUUGUCGUUAAAGUGAAUCCCAAUUUGAAUGUGAUCCUAACAGCAUGUCUGACUGUUUAUGUGGGUUGCUACCGUUCGGUGAAGCCAACUCUGCCGUCGGAGACUAUGUCAAACGAGCAUGCUAUGCGCUUCCCUUUGGUCGGGAGUGCCAUGCUUCUUUCUCUGUUUCUCCUCUUCAAGUUUCUCUCAAAGGAUUUGGUUAAUGCUGUUCUGACAUGUUACUUUUUUGUUCUUGGAGUCAUCGCUCUUUCUGCGACGUUGCUGCCCUCUAUUAAGCGUUUUCUUCCAAAAGAUUGGAACGAGAAUGUCAUAGUUUGGCAUAUUCCAUUUUUUCGUUCUAUUUCAGUGGAAUUCACGAAGUCUCAGGUUGUUGCUUCCAUCCCAGGAACAUUUUUCUGCAUAUGGUAUGCUUCAAAGAAGCAUUGGCUGGCAAACAAUGUUUUGGGGAUUGCUUUCUGCAUUCAGGGAAUUGAGAUGCUCUCAUUAGGAUCAUUCAAAACUGGUGCCAUUCUUUUGGCUGGUCUCUUUAUCUAUGACAUUUUCUGGGUAUUCUUUACUCCAGUGAUGGUUAGUGUUGCUAAAUCUUUUGAUGCUCCCAUAAAGCUUUUAUUUCCUACAGCAGAUGCUGCACGUCCAUUCUCUAUGCUUGGACUUGGUGAUAUCGUAAUACCUGGUAUUUUCGUUGCAUUAGCUCUGCGCUUUGAUGUGUCGAGAGGGAAACAGAAUCGUUAUUUCAACAGUGCAUUUGCUGGAUACGCGGCAGGCCUGAUCCUCACAAUCAUUGUGAUGAACUGGUUUCAAGCUGCACAGCCUGCACUUCUAUACAUAGUGCCUGGUGUUGUUGGUUUUGUGGCUGUUCACUGCCUGUGGAAUGGUGAAGUAAAACCGCUAUUGGCAUACGACGAAUCGAAAGCGAAUGAUGAUUCGGCAAGCAGUUCUGCUGCAGAAGAAUCUGAUGACAAAUCAAGCAAGAAAGCAGACUAGCAGUCAGAAUAUCAGAAUACCUGAGGUUUUAGGUAGUCGGAUAAUUUAAAAUUCGAGGGGAUUAAGAUUGAGUUUUAUGUAGCAUUCUAGACAUUAUCGGCGUGGGAGCUUUUGACACCUACUGACUAAUGCAUUUCACAAUGUUUUCAAAAAUACAAUCAAUGAUAUAAGGAAAAUGAAAGUAUUCCCUGGUUAGUGAAUUUACAAGAAAUUCUGGCAUGUAGCUUGAACUCUGUUUGCUUUUAUUUUAUUAGCUGUAUUUCAAUAUCGC